CCCGCAAGCUCGUCGCAAAACGCGUCGUACGGGCCGCCUCCUAAUGGCUGGAUGAACCUGUCGCGCGCGUACUCGCUGUUCCUGGCACGAUCCGGACCCAUCUGGCAGCCGACGGCCGCUGAAUUGCGGCGAGGAUUCUAGGGAGGGGGGAGGAUAGGAUGGAGGAGGGGGGUGAGGGGGGUGAGGGGGGAGUGGUGGGAGGAGAGGAUGCUGCUGGUGGGUGAUGGAACAGGGUGCGGUGGCAGUGCGCGAUGGAGUCUAGUUUUGAGGCGCCUCAAAACUGAGGUGGCAGCGCGCGAUGGGAGGAAGGGCAGGUAGUGAAUGGAGUGGAGGAUGGAGGAGCUACCAGCUUGGAAAAUUUGGAGCUGGGACUGCCCUUGUGCCCUGUCCCCUGCUCCUGGAAGAGUGGGGAGAGGAUGGAGGAGACCAUGGGGCAGUGCAGAUGUGGCCAGAGGGAUGCAGCUGCGGAGGAUGCAUGUAGAGGAGGUGCUGGCGGCACAAGAGAAGUCUCUCCGUCCAGCAGCACAUACGGUAGCAGUUAUAGUGGCAGGCUUUAGGCAGGAAGUAUCGUCUUAGUAGAAUAACCACAGCAGAUUUACAAAACUUGCAACACAAAUCUGGAGUUAAAGGAUGCACUUUACAGGUAUCGGUCACCUGUCCCCUGUUGUAGGCACCUUCUCUCCCUGUUGUAGUGUGCUACACAAGCAGUUGAUUUGCAAUCCUGUGCUGAGUUGA